CAUCUGUUUGUCCAAAAAAAGGCCUCGGAGGGGAGGAAAGGAGGGAGCUUAGGUAACAAACCUUUCACAGGUCAUCCCACCAUCACUGUGCAUAUCCAAGCUAGCUGUGGCCACCACCCCACCUUUCCCAGCUUUUGGUGCCCUCUGCCACAGCCAUGAAGGGUGCGCUGCUCCCAUUCCUGACUCUUUGGAUGAGCUUUGAAGGGGCCUUUGCUGAGCAGAGCCUGAGGCUGAGCGCACCUACGGCCCCGCCAGUGCCACUGGCUUUGCCCACCCUGCGGCUUCCGCUCAGCCCCUCUAGGUCUUCCAACGGGCCCGACAACCCACACAGACCUGAAGAUGAGCAGCUGGAUGGGCCGCAAGGCUGGGCUUGGCUCACCCCCAAGGAGCAAGUCCACCAAGCUCCUGACUGGAAGGUACCUACUCGGAUGGGCCUGGCCCUGAGGAAGGAACCACCCCCGGUGACCUCAGGACAAGCAAAGGGUCUGGUCAAGUGGCAGGGCACCCCGCAGGCUCAGCCCAAGGCCAUGGCUGUCCUGGAGGCUGGAGCAGGGAAGCCCAAGGAGAAGCAGCUCAUACUCCUGAAGGCUGGCAUGGCUCCUGGAACCCCAAAAGGAGCAUUGGCCACAGAGGAGGGCCAGAGAAGGAAGGCAGGAGGUCGGAAAACCAUGAGAAGGGGCCCGAAGCCCAGAAGGCUGAGCAAAGAGACCUGCCGUCCAUCUCGGCCGGGAGCCUGGCACCAACAGGAGGAUCAAAGCAGAGGCUGGGGCAGUCGGAGCAGCACCUCACAGGCUGCGGGCUGUGUGUGGAAGAGGCCAGGAAGCGGGAGAGGGCCGGGGCCCAGGGUAACAAGCCUGAGCUCCAGAGAGCAGGCCGUUCCCUCCCUGCCAGCCUCGUGCCUCCUAACACAGGCAGCUAUUGCCUGUGGCAAUGCCAACAUGAAGCAUAUCCCUGCUCUGGUGGAGCCUGGCCUGACCUCACUCUACCUAGCAGAAAAUGAAAUUGCCAAGCUCCCGGCCCAUGCGUUCCUGGGGCUCCCCAACCUGGAGUGGCUGGAUCUGAGCAAGAACAAACUGGACACCCGAGGCCUGCACCCUCAUGCCUUCAAGAACUUGACACAGCUGAAGCGCCUCAAUCUGGAUGGAAAUUCACUGUCCACAGUGCCAGCCUUACCCACUUCCUUACAGGAGCUCAAACUCAAUGACAACCUCCUACAGGGCCUGCAGCGUAGCAGCUUCCAGGGGCUCAGCAACCUGCUGACACUGGAGGUGGAAGGGAACCAGUUGCAUGAUGGGAACAUCUCCCCGCUGGCUUUCCAGUCCCUGAGCAGCCUGCUCUACCUGAGGCUGGGCCAGAACCGGCUGAGGACCAUUCCACCCGGCCUGCCAGCCUCCCUGCAGGAGCUGCACCUGGGGAACAACCUGCUGGAGGAAGUGACAGAGAAUGUGCUGGACAGGAGCCAUGGCCUCACCGUGCUGGUGCUCAGCCACAACCAGCUACAGGAGGACCGACUGGCACCCCGGGCGUGGAUCGACCUCCCAAAGCUGGAAACUCUUGACCUGUCCCACAACCAGCUGGUCCACGUCCCCUCCUUCCUGCCCCGGGGCCUGAGGCACCUGACACUGCAUCACAACCUCAUUGAGCGCAUCCCGGGCUAUGUGUUUGCCCACAUGAAGCCAGGCCUGGAGUUCCUGCAUCUGUCCUACAACAGGCUGCGCACAGAGGGCGUGCACACAGUGUCCUUCCUCGGCCUGCACACCUCCCUGGCAGAGCUGUUGCUGGAUCACAACCAGCUACAGGCCAUCCCACCUGGCCUCCUGGGGCUCAAGGGUCUUCGGGUGCUGCGCCUCAGCCACAACAAGAUCAGACAGGUGCCCCUGAAUUCCAUCUGCGACACACGUGUGGCCCAGGAUUCCAACCUUAUUGCCACAUACCUGGACAACAAUCUCAUUGAUCUUCGUGGCAUCCCAUCCACGGCUUUCUCCUGCAUCCGGACCUACCACAGCGUGGUCCUUAAACCCCAGCAAGGAGAGGAGGGCUCAUAGCCCUGCCCUGCCCUGCUUACGUUUCCUAGUAUGCACAGCUUGUGGGAGGGUUCCUAGGCCAAACUUCCCUUGAUUUUUACAGCACUGGGAGAAAGUUUUAGAAGCCCCCACUGCUUGCGACAUGCCCAUUUCCCAUGACCUUUCACUCAGCAGACGACCCAUCAGAGAGCGCCGACUUCCACUUGAACACAGUGAAUGCAGCUCCUUCAAGCCCAUGGUGGGCCUCCGUCCUUCUCCACAGAUUUCAGUUGCAUGCAUUGAGAGUCCUGCCCAUGGUCUAGGUACCACUUCCCCAGCGAAGGGUUCAGAGGCAUGGUUUUCACAGUUCCUCUGCGAGCCUUCCCACCUCACCAGGGUCCCGAAGUCCCUUGCACUUGGCCUCCCUUGUUCGAGGAACCCUCUGUUCCUGAGCCCUCUCCUCCUUUAAGUGUCCCUGUCCUGGGCCAGGUCCCAUAGAGAUGGUUUGGCUGUCAAUACAGGCUAGUAUGGAAGCCCACAAUCGCUCUCUUUCAUUCAAAGGCCACGGGAGCUGGUGACUGUUGCCUAGCGGCAACUUGGGGGCCUCUCCCCUAUUCCAUGUUCCGGAGCCCUCAUCCUGGUCCCUCCGUGGACAUCCACCCUCAGACACCCUGCCAGGUUCCCGGGGUCCCACUCACAGCUCACAGAUGGGGGACUAAGAUGCAGACAAGUAAAGCGAUUUGCUCGAA